AUGACGUGGGAUACGAUCGCCUUGAACGAUGCUAGCCAUAUUCCCUCUGUAGCAUUUGGCACUUGGAGACGCGGAAACGGAGAGGAAGCGAUUGACAUUAUCAACAGCGCCUUCUCUGUGGGGUUCACCCACAUCGACACAGCGCAAGCCUAUCGCAAUGAAGCCGAGGCCGGAGCAGCUCUUCGUGCCAGCGGGCUGAAGCGUAAGGACGUCAUGACGGACAUCGAUGCGUCCAUAAGGAACAGCUGCGAAGCGCUUGGUGUAGACUAUGUGGACCUUUAUUUGAUUCACGGACCGAAGCACGCAAAGCCAGACAUCCCGACGAUCUGGAAGAAGGGGGAGGCUAUCAAAGAAUCCGGGCUCGCGAAGUAUAUGUGUCCCGCUGGCUUCGAGAGCAUCGGUGUGAGCAACUUCACAGUGGACCUUCUGAAGAUACUGCUGGAAUUCGCCACAAAUAAACCUUAUGUUAAUCAGAUCAUGGUUCACCCUCAAGUCAUGCAUCUGCAAAUGCCGGUCAUCGAGUUUUGUAGAAAGGAAGGCAUAGUCGUCGAAGGGUACUCCCCCUGUCUACCUCUGAUACACUACGUCGACGGGCCCGUAACCGCUAUCGCCCAGCAGAUUGCUCGGCGCCUCGUUCUCCUCGCAUGGGCAAAGUCGAAAGGUGUCGUUGUCAUCACCUCGAGUACAAAGCUAGAGCGUCUGAAGGACUACAUUUCCGCCGGGGACUUUGAACUGUACACCGACGAUGUCAAAGCGAUAGACGCAGCAGGAAUGUCUGAUCCCAAGGAGCUCCCAAGUUGA